AUGGCAACUCUUGAUGCCCUACGUAUUGCCCUUUGGCAACAAAUCCCUUCCCAGGCGUCUACUCAAGUGUUGUCUGAUGAUCAAUACAAGGAGGGCUUUGAUCUCUUCUUGCACAAUAACGGGUGGGAUAACUACCGCGACUUCGUCAUUCCCAAACUCUCACAGAUUCUUCAUUCCCGUUUUCAAUCCCAGAAAGAUAUCUCGGUGCUUGAAAUCGGUGCAGGUCCCACGAGUGUUCUCGGAUACCUGCCCAUCCACAUCAGACAGCAGAUCACAAGCUACAAUGUCUAUGAACCAAAUCAUCUGUUUGCCGAGCAGCUCAAGGACUGGCUAUAUCCGACAAAAGAUGCUGCACCGUUCCCUUCUUUGUGUACCUCAUCUAUACGCAUAGAACCCUUCACGCAAGAGACGGUUGUCCGUGAGAAGCACCAUAUCAUCCUCUUUUGCCACAGUCUGUACGGUAUGUCGUCGAAGGAUCAAGUCGUCAAACACGCUCUAGGCAUGCUCUGCGAGAAGCAAGAAGAGGCUAUACUUAUUGUUUGCCACCGUGACUCGCCACGUUGUUUCAAAGACCUCGUCAGUCAAAACUCAGCUAUAUUUCCAGAUGGAACACUCCGCAUCAAGGAUAUCGACAAUACUAUCAACAGUUUUGCCUCUUUUGUGGCUGGAUGCUCAAUUCACAGCGACAAACUUUUUGAUCAUGUUCAUGCUCAAUGGAGAGAGACAUGCCGGGCCUUGGCUCGUCACCAAGACAGCCAUCCAGAUACUUUGACCUUCGCAUCUCCCGAAGUCAUGAUGGUCUUUACGCGACAUUCUGCCGCACUCCCAGAGUUGACGGCGCUAGUCUCACUGGCCCCGAAAGACUACAAGGUCAAGAAUAGAGAAGCCCAAUUCCAUGCGCCUGUGGCCGUGGUUAGACCGACAGAAGUUGGCCAUGUUCAGAAAUGCAUUACCUGGGCUUUGAAGUACCAAUUCAGCUUGACUAUUGUUGGUGGUGGCCACAGUGGCCAUUGUCGUUGGCCCAAUGUCGUCUCAGUGGAUAUGGGCGCAUUCAAUCAAGUGCAUAUCGUCCAGAAUACUGAGGAAUCCAUCGACGCACAACCUCUGGUGGUAGCUGGGGCUGGAUGUAAAGCGGGCGAUAUCAUCCGGGCCACCCAGUUCGAAGGUCUGACUGUUCCUUUGGGAGCGCGUCCUAGUGUUGGCGCUGGCCUGUGGCUCCAGGGGGGCAUUGGUCACCAAGCCAGAUCUUAUGGCUUGACCUGUGAUGCUGUUGUUGGCGCCGUACUUGUCAGUCUUGUGUCCGGCCAGGUUUUCUGUGUUGGACAGGUACCAUAUGACUAUCAGCCAAUUGGUGCCGUCAGACCCAACAAUGAAGAUGAUAUUCUUUGGUCGCUGAGAGGUGCCGGCAACAACUUUGCUAUUAUCGUCAGUGUCGUCUUCAAAGCCUAUCCUGCCCGGUCGUUCUCAGUCAAAGAGUGGUCGAUCGCAAUUAAGGAUGAGGAACAUGCGAAGGAUAUUCUUCAAGGGUUUUCUAGUACACUUGCCCGUCCUCUCGAUCCGCAAUCAUCAGCAGACGCUUAUUUGUACUACGUUGACAAACAGUUGAUCUUUGGAGUCACUCUCUUCCAAAGCAGAGAGAUUGCGACAGACAAGGGUCCUUUUCCAGCGACCCCCGAAUCAUUUAUCCAGGUGAUUGGAGAAUGCGAUCGAACACAGACUGUUGAUGCUGUCGGAUUGUUCGACACUGAGAUGUACAUGUCGCUGAUGCACGGCGGGCAUGGUGGCGGGAAGAUCUCUUCAUUCAAGCGAUGUGUUUUCCUCAAGAACAUCGAGGAAGAUAUACUCACCAACAUUCUUCUUACUGCAAUUAGCAGUCGCCCAUCAUCGCUGUGUUAUUUUCAUCUCCUGCAAGGUGGACAAGAAGUCCAAUCUGUUGCUAGCGACGCUUCCGCCUUUGGCUGCCGAGACUGGGACUUUGCCUGUGUAGUGACCGGCGUUUGGCCUCGCGACGAGGACGAUACACCAACUGCACGUGAAAUAACUCGUUGGGUAUAUGGCGUUGUAGAAGCUCUUCUUCCAGUGAGUCAAGGAGUCUACGGCGCCGACCUUGGGCCAGAUCCUCGAGAUGCUAUCCUCGCGACUAGAGCUUUUGGUCCGAAUCUUCGAAGAUUGAUUAGACUAAAACAAGUCCUUGACCCCCACCACUUGCUCGCUUAUACCUGUCAACUUUCGCAGGACAUGUUAUCACAAAAGCUGGUUGUUCUUGUGACUGGGGAACAUGGUGCUGGAAAGGACCACUGCGCUGAUAUCUGGGCCACCGCGAUCAGGGAGCAUGGUCAUAGCACUUCUGUCCUCAGCAUAAGCGAUGUGACCAAGCGUGAAUACGCCUCGUAUUCAGGUGCAGAUUUGAAGCGCUUGCUCGAUAACCGUGCAUACAAAGAGCUACAUCGUGAGGCAUUGACGGAAUUCUUCCAGCAACAGGUCAAACAACGGCCUAGUCUGGCAGAGGAACACUUUCUCGAGGAUGUGAGGAGCUCCGACGUAGAUGUACUGUUCGUUACUGGUAUGAGAGACGAAGCACCCGUGGCAAAUCUUUGGCACCUGGUUCCGAACAUCCGAUUGCUGGACGUCCGUGUCAAGGCUGGCCAUCACACUCGGUGUCUUCGUCGACAGCAUUCCACAAAUGGUAGUUAUGCUGACCAUGAUUACUCGGAUGGUACAAAGACAACAAGACUCGACUUUGACUAUCAAACAAGCUUCAUAUUUGACAAUGACAUGGCAAGUGAUGACCAGGUCAAGACAUUCGCUAAACAAAAUCUACUUCCCUUCUUGGACGACGAUCUUCGGCGACUUGCUGCCAUGAUUCGAUCAGUACCCGAUUUUCCCAAACCAGAUAUUGUAUUCCGACAUGUUAUCGACAUCUGCCAACAGAAAGGAGGACGUAGGCUCUGCGCGUCUUUGUUAAAGAAGCAUAUUGCGAUUGAUUGGCGUAGAGUCGACGCGAUAGUGAGCUGUGAGGUAGGAGGGAUUCCCUUUGCUGGACUGCUGGACCUAGAAUUAAACGCUCGUUUGAUCGCGGUUCGCAAACCUGGGAAACUUCCCCCACCAACGAUCUCUAUUCCAAAGAGCGCCUCACAUGUCUCGUAUCACGUAAAUGGAACAAAGGAUGAUAAGGUCGAGAUGGACGCCGACGCCCUCCGAAAAGGUGCCCGGGUAGUUGUGAUUGAUGACGUGCUGGCAACUGGAAACACGCUGUUGUCGAUACUCCAGAUACUGGUCAAAACCGGUGUUGAUGUGGAGGAUAUCAGUGUCAUGGCCAUUGCUGAGUUUCCGAUCCACCGUGGACGUCAAAAGCUAAGACAGGGCGGUUUUGGAAGAGUCAAGAUCCAGAGUCUGUUGGUUUUUGAUGGCGAAUAA